GAAGUGAGUGCAGCUGUUCCUCCAACAGUGGCUGUGAUGAGUCCGGAGUGUGCAGGUGUGACCCCGGGUGGGGGGGCCCUCUCUGUGCUGUCUGUCUGCUGAAGCCUGGCUGUCUCCAUGGUUCCUGUCAGCAGCCCUGGCAGUGCCGCUGUGACCCGGGCUGGGGGGGGCGCUUCUGUGACAAAGACCUGCAGGUGUGCUCUCAGCGCCCCCCCUGUCUGAACGGAGCUUCCUGUGUGAUGGAGGACAGCGGGGAUUAUUCCUGCGUCUGUCCUGAAGGAUUCCACGGGAGAGACUGUGAGCUGAAGACUGGACCCUGUCAGCAGAGCAGGUCUCCGUGCAGGAACGGGGGUCUCUGUGAGGACGAUGACGGGUUCUCCUUGGUUCUGCGCUGCAGCUGCCUGGCUGGUUUCUCGGGGCCUCGCUGUGAGACGGACCUGGACGACUGCCUGAUGGACCCAUGUGCUAACGGCGCCUCCUGCCUGGACGGCGUGAACCGGUUCUCCUGCGUCUGCCCGCCGGGCUUCAGCGGGAGGUUCUGCACAGAGAACCAGGAUGACUGCGCCCGGCGGCCCUGCCUCCACGAGGGCCGCUGCUUGGACCGAGCAGACGGGUUCCUGUGCCUCUGCAGGCCAGGGUUCAGCGGGGACACCUGCCAGACCGUGAUCAGGGACCAGAGGAACCACAGGAACUACAGUCAUUCAGACCAGAGGAACCACAGGAACCAGAGUCAUACCGACCACAGGAACCAAAGUCCUGACGACGAGGUGUUCAGGGUGACGGUCAGUGAACGCAGCGCCCCCCCCUCCCUCUCGAGAGUCCAGCUGAGCGUCCUGAUGGUGCUGGGGGGGGGGAGCCUGGCCGCCGUGAUGCUGACCGCCGGCCUCCUGCUGCAGGGUUACUGCAGGGGGGGGGGGACAGCAGGGGGGUGGACAGCAGGGGGGGGGGGGGACGGCAGGGGGAACAGCCGGGGGAAUAACAGGGGGGGGGAGGCGGAGGUUCAGAUCAGCUUCCUGAACGUAGCAGAACCAGAGAAGAAGAAACUGAACACUGAGGUCAUUUAGAGCUGGGAGGUUAAAGGACUGUCUUUAAAAACCCCUCAAUGCUAUAUAUCAGCACCUAUUCAGAGCAACACAUAACCCCAUCAGGUUGGGGGGGUUCUGAUCACAAGACCAACAACCAUGGAUACAUAUCUAAAGGACUCUGAACCGGGUCCUGGACAGACCUCUGACCCAGAAGAUGAUCCUGGUGUGAGUGGGUGUUAGAGAGAGGAGGAAACAGAGAGGGGGGGUCUCUGUGAUGCUAGUGUCCCAACGACCUUGAACUCAUCUCCAGUUCUGUACCAGGAUCAACAAAGGCUGAAAACACUCCCAUGAUGCACCUGGUGUUGAUAUUAUGGGCUGUAUUCAUGUUGUGCCUCCUGUAACAGAUCACCCUCUCUUCAUCUUCAUCUCCCUGAGAACCUGGUGCCUACAUUACCCACGAUGCACCUCUCCCUCUGUAGUUCAUACAGUUCCUCCUUUAAGAGCUGCACAGAUAAAGUAAUAAACAGAUUAAAGCAUUAAUAACUAUAACUCAAUAAGCUCUCACGGCCCCUACACACGGCGGCGUGCGUUGACGCUUCAACGCUUCUGCCCAUUCACUUUGAAUGGGGUGACGUCAC